GUAUACCAAAAUCAACAACAAACCGCAUUGUCUCGAUCCUGGGGCUAUUCGAGUUGUCUGUCGGUGAUUCUCCCCGCGCGGAUGGGAUGUCGGAGCUGGUUGCGGCCAGGCUGGCAGUCAAACAUGUCAACCAACGGGGUCUUCUGCCUGGAUAUAGAUUACAUCUCAUUACAAAUGAUACCAAGUGCGAUCCAGGCGUAGGUGUGGACCGUUUCUUCCACGCCCUCUACACAGAACGCGAAUCCAGGAUGGUGAUGUUGCUGGGGACAGCAUGUUCCGAGGUCACGGAGAGCAUCGCCAAGAUUGUACCUUAUUGGAACAUUGUACAGGUGUCAUUUGGAUCAACAUCACCCGCGUUAAGUGACCGCUCCGAGUUUCCGCUCUUCUGCCGCACAGUCGCCCCUGACUCCUCGCACAACCCUGCCCGGAUCGCUUUUAUCAG